ACGGCCCGCUUCGCGCUCUCCGCGCAGAACCUGCACAUCACCGCGUGGAAAGUUCGAAUUUCGUGGCCGUCGAGCAGCGCAUUGGCCGCGGAGCACGUCGCGCGCGGCUGUCAUGUGCACGUCGACACUUCGCCGUCGAUGCGCUCGUUGCCGAUAGCGUGUUCGCUGUUGACUCGACAUUCGCUGCUGCGGGCUAGCGUCAGAUUCGCUAUGACAACCCCCGUACCCGUUAUUUCGCGCAAGGAUGUAACGUACUUGAGACAAAAAGAGGCAGCAAAAAUUGACGAGGAAUUGUUUUCCACGUAUGGCUUCAAAGUCGAGCAGCUGAUGGAGUUAGCCGGCCUGGCUUGCGCGAAAGCCGUUCAUGCACAGUAUUCAAAAGGAAAGGUACUGGUGCUGUGUGGUCCAGGAAAUAAUGGAGGCGAUGGUUUUGUGUGUGCGCGACAUCUCCAACAGUUCGGAUUCGAUCCUUCGAUCCUCUACCCCAAGCCAUCAAAAUCCGAUCUAAUGCAGUCACUGGUGAAACAGUGUACUGGAAUGGGUAUUCCCGUGAUGGACAAGCUUCCGACUCUGUCGGAAUUUUCCCUGAUAGUUGAUGCCUUUUUUGGAUUUUCUUUCCGACCCCCGUUGCGGGAACCUUUUGGUGAAAUAAUCGACGCUGUGACAAAAUCAGGAAUUUUUGUAUUCGCCAUCGAUAUUCCUUCAGGUUGGGAUGUUGAGAAUGGUGCACCGUCAGAAGGUUCAUAUGUUCACCCACAUGGCAUCAUUUCCCUUACAGCUCCCAAACUGUGUGUAAAAGAUUGGACAGGACCUCAUUUCGUUGGUGGUCGAUUCGUGCCAAAGCGAUUGGCGGAGGAGCACAAUUUGCGUUUACCUAAAUACCCAGAUGCUCAUCAAAUAGUGAAAUUGGAGGAUAUCUAAUUUUUUACUACCUUUAAGCUG